AUGGCCAAGUCCAAGCUGCCACGCUCGACGCCAGCAGCUCGUGGUGCAGCCGUUCCGCCGCCAAAGCUCGCCGCUGCUGCUCAACAACAGCAGCAGCAGCCUAUCUCAGCGCCACCAGCUCCCAUGCCGCAGACCAAACCUCCUGUCGCUGGCGCAUCUACGCCCCCACGUUCGAUCUCGCCCGUCUCCAAUCACGAUGCCGACAGCGCCGCGCUCUCUUCUGCAAAGAAGAAGAAGAAGAAGUCCAAGUCUAAGGCCAAGGACGCCGACUUCAUCGACGAUCAGGAGUACGACCUUCAAUCAGCUGCUGCUCUCGGACAGCGUCCCCGUUCGCCUGCAUCGCUUGCUGCGAGAGCCCAAGCGCAAGCGCAGCUCUUGGCAGCCGCGAGCGAGCUCUAUCGGAGGAUUGAGGGCGACGCGCAAGGCAUCCCGGACGAUGAUGCGUAUUGGACAUCGCUUCCAGCUCAUCUGAGAACCUUCAUUCGCAACGCCCUCCCGCUCGGUCAGUUUCCUCCAGCAGCUCAGGCCGCCCUCAAUGAGAACGCCAACGAUCCAGCCAACCGUCACGCCUCGACGCAAGCCAUGAUCGCUGUGGCCCAGCAGUUGGCUCAAGCAGCUCAUGCGUCUCAACGACACAUCCAGCAGUAUCCGCCAGGCACCCACCCUUACCCACCACUGCCCUUCGACGCCUCCAUCUUUGCCGACCUCGCUCUGCAUCCUGACCAGGCGUUGCCUCUCCAUCCUCACCCCAACGCUGCCAACACCGCGCACCCCGCCAACGUCAAUGGUGCGUACAGCCAGUACUCUUCCAGCCCCAAUCCGCCCCCGACUCAGCCACCUGUCGAGCCCCUGCCGCCCCCCGUGGUGCUCUACGACAACUUCGACGACGAGAUCGACAGAUUCGACGACGAUGGAGUCGACGACGCGCAGUACUACGACGAUGGUGAGCUUGACGAGGACGACGAAAUCCUCGAUGCUCAGGGCGGCCUUCUGCGUUCGAGCGAACGCGGCUGGAUGCAGGAUGGUGCAGAGCAUGCGCUAGGACCGAACGGCCUGGCCACGCACCCAGACGGCAUGCGUUCGGUAAGCAAGAGCAAGAAGAAGAAGAAAAAGAAGAAGGGUGGUGCCGGAACCCCAGCCGGACACGGCGACGACGAGGCGCACGAGAUCGAGGUCGAGGUUCCUCCUCCGCCCAAGCCCGUUCCCAACCAUCCUCCGCCUUCCACCAACGUCUCUUCUGUAGCGCGCAACUCGAAUCCACCGCCUCCCAGCUCGCGAGCCGCUGGCAAACAGCCCAUGACCUUCAAUUCGACCGGCAAGACGCCAGCUAGACCUGCAAACGGUGUGCCGCCAGCCUCCAACUCGGGCAAGCGCUCCGUCUCGUCCUCCACCCACGGACAGCAGCCCGCGACCAACGCCUCGGCCAACAAUGCCAAGAUUUGGUCCACCAGCUCGGCGGAGGAGCGCGAACGCAUCAAGGAGUUCUGGCUCGGCCUCUCCAUGAAGGACAGGCAGAAACUCGUCCAAGUUGAGAAGGAAACUGUUCUGCGAAAAAUGAAGGAACAGCAAAAGUUCCUCUGCAGCUGUGCUGUCUGCGGUCGCAAGCGGUCAGCUAUCGAGGAAGAGUUGGAGGUUCUGUAUGACGCGUACUACGACGAGCUCGAAGAGUAUGCCAACCACCAGCAAAGAUGGGCCAGCAGCGGCGGCACCAUCCCUCCUCCUCCUGGACCGGGUCCGUUCCCAGGCAGCGUCGCGCUCGAUGCUUCUGGCGCUGUGAUCGGCGGCGAUCCCCUCUCUCGCAACAGGGCGGCUCACACAGGACGCGAUACGAGGCACACGCAUCCUCACCCUCACCAGCAUCCCCAUUCUCAUCCGCAUGGUCGAAAAGCACCCCUGCAUCCCGAGUCUUCGGACGGAUACGAUGACGACGAGCUCGACGAUGACGCCGAAUACGACGACGAGGAUGACGAUGCCGACUAUGACGACGAAGAGGAGGAAGACGACAUCGAGCUCGAGAAGGAACGUGCUCGCGACGACUACGACAAGCGCAACCCUGUGCCUUCCUCGCGACGCCGUGGCACCAACGACUCGAACGACCUCUUUGGCCUCGGCAGCAGCUUGACCGUCAAAGGUGGCAUACUCACCGUUGCCGAUGACAUGCUCAAAAACGAUGGCCGUAAGUUCCUCGAAAUGAUGGAGCAGCUCGCCGAGCGCAGGAUGCAUCGCGAGGAGCUCACCCACGCUGAGCUCGGAGCCAGCGAUGACGAGGACGACGUCGAUGGACCCGACGAUGUGGACGACGAAGACAUCGACGAGGAAGAUGAGGACGAGGAGGACGACAUCCUCACCGAGGAGCAGCGCAUGGAGGAAGGUCGCAAGAUGUUCCAGAUCUUUGCCGCCCGCAUGUUCGAGCAGCGUGUGCUCGCAGCCUACCGAGAGCGAGUGGCUCAGGAGCGCCAACUGCAACUGCUUCGUGAACUCGAGGAGGAGGACGACAAUGAAAAGGCGCGCGAAGCUCGUCGCGUCAAAGAGUCGCAAAAGAAGAAGGACAAGAAGAAGGCUCAGCGCGAGGCAAAGGAGGCGGAGAAGAUGAAGAAGGACCAGGAGAAAGCCGCCGCAGACGCCGAAAUUCGCGCACAGCAACAAGCGCUGCGAGAUGCCGAGCUGAAAAAGCAGGAGGAGAUCCGGCUCAAGAAGGAGGCAGAACGCAAAGCACGCGAGGACGAAAAGGCCAAGAAGGAGGAGGAACGUCGUCGCCGUCAAGCCGAAGAGCGUGAGCGCCAGCUCGAGGUCGAGCGCAAGCGUCGUGAGAAGGAGGACAAGAUCCGCCUGGAACGCGAAGCUCAAGAGAAGGCCAAGCGCGAUCGUGAAGAGGCUCAACGCAAGGCCAAGGAGGAACAGCAACGAGCGCAACGCGAAAAGGAGCUCAAGGCCAAGGAAGAGCAGGAACGCAAGGCCGAGGCCGCCCAGAAGGAGAAGGAGGCGCGUGCCCAGGCGCAUCGCGAGGCGAAGCAGGCAGCUGCCGCCGCCCGCGGAGCACCUGCUGCACAAGGCGUUCCCAGCUCGCCAUCGACCGGUUCCAAGGCCAGCUCCAACAAGGGUGCAAACUCUUCCGCCCCUGGCACCCCUGCUCGCGGCGCCAAGAAUGGCUCGUUGCCUGGCUCCAUGGCGAUUGGAACCGAUCCGGCUCAGAGUCGACGUGCUGCUGCUGGAGGCAAGUUUGCUCAGGGCACAGGCGCUGCGAAUGCGGCCGCUCACCCUGCUGCUGCCGCGUCCGCUUCGUCCGCUGCUCUAGGAGGAUCCUCGACCAACGCAGGGGGAUCUUCUCUGCCAGCUCCGCCACAAGGCUUGCCUCCUCGACCUUCGACCGCCGUGUUGACGCCGGCCGGCUCCGCCUCGCAGACUUCUUCGGUUUCGGUUGCGGCCAAUGCUGGGCUUCCUCGUCCUCCCGUCAACGUUGCUGGCGGCGCACCUUCUUCAGCCGCCCCGCCAUCUCUCGGCUUCGGAUCGAUUGGACCCAACGCCCAAGCAAACGUGCCGAUCGCCUCAGCCAGGGCGCCUGGCUCCAGCAUCUCGCCUAAGCCCGCCCAAUCUUUCGUGCCAGCUCAAGACAAGCAGCCCUCGCAGCCAAGUCUCGCUCAAUCUCAACCUCAGAUGGGCGGUGCUUAUGGUCAGCAUCCAGGGCUCGAGGGACUGCGAUCGCCUACACUUCCGAACGGCUUGCAGAACAACGGAGUCUUUGGCAGCAACGGUGCCAUGAGCUCCAGUCUGCAGUCGCCGGGCCCUGGCGCUCCUGGACUUGGCGGCAUGACAAACAACCUCGCUUCGCUCAAUCUGAAUGCCGCUCCGCUCUCUUCUUCUGCACUCAGCGCAGGCAAUCCACAGGUCGGCAGCAAAGCAUCCAUGCCUGGAAUGGACCUUGGCCACAUGCAAAGUCCCACGCAGACGCCCUUCUCGCCGAUGAGCGGAGGCAGUUCGACAGACCCGAUGCGCAGCCGAACGACUUCCUUUGCCGACUCGGAUCCCAUGUCUUUUGCCGGCAUUCGACCAGGAUCGUCGCUCUCGCAGCGUGUCCCGGCCUACCGAAGUGGUGGACCGACACCCAUCGGACCUAUUGGACGCCCUAAAGCGAUGGAAUCGAUUCAACAGCACGUGCACGACGACUACGGUGGAGCCAUUGGCAACGGACGAUCCUCUAGCAACGCCAGCGGAUCGGGCGCUACGAGCCCGCGGCUUCCAGAAGGAAUCCUCGGCAGUUCAGCUCUUGGUGGCGACGACGAUAUCAUCGACCCCAAACCGCGCCGCGUCAGCCACACCAUCCCGAUCGGCGGCGGCGCCACGGGUAGCAGCAUGGGCGGCGCAGGAUCGUUCUUUGGCGGCGGCGGUAUCGGCGGCGGCGGUAUCGGCGGAGCCGGUGCUGUCGGUGGUGGCUUUGGCGUGAGCUCUUCAUCGCCCUGGAGUUCCUUCUCAGGCAACAACCAGAAUGCACCUGGCCCUCUGUCACCCGGAUACAACAACGGCGCUGCAGGACCUGGCUCCAUUGGUUCCAGCCUCGCGUCUGGCAACUUUGGUCUGAACCAAAAUGCUGCUGGCACUCCUGGCUUGGGAACCAGCUCCUCUGGUAUGUCCGGCGGUGCUUCUACGGACCCAUGGGCUCGUGCACCUACCAACUCGUGGGAUCGCGCUCGUUUCGCCUUUGAGCAGCCUGGCGGCAACAAUGCCGGAUCCGGAUCCGGUAGCGGUACGCCCUCGGGUCUUGGAGGCAUGGGUGGAUCGCACCACUCACACGGACUAGGGGGACACUCGAGCCAUCUGCACCAUCAGAUGGGCAUGGGCUCAGGGCAGGGCAGCGGCAACGGAAGUGGCGUCAACGGCGGCAUGAUGAGCCCCUUUGGUCUGGGCGCACCGGGUAGCGGCGCCAGGAACGUCUUUGGCGCUCCCGGCAGCAACACCCUGCAUCCAGGAGCUAUCGGAUCCGCGCUUUCGCCCACUUCGCCGGGUGCUCGACACGUCAGCGGCGGUCACGAGUGA